UCACGAAACUGCACCAGCCCGGGAGGAGUGCAUACAUAACAUAUUAAAUUGCAUGUACAUUUAUUUAAAAAAGUUAAAAUAUAUGCAUCACAGCCUGUGCGCAAGGUAUUUUUUAAUUGGAUUUGAGGCAGUCACAUUCAGGUCUCCAUUUUUUAUUAAAAUCCUCAAACAUCCUUCUUUCUCUUUUUUAGAGUAUAGGCUUAAGGAUGGACCAAACACUUGCUCCGGAAGGGUGGAGGUCGUCUUUGAACGUCUUGGGUGGGGAACUGUUUUGGACAAAGGCUGGAAUGUGUUGGGAGGAGAUGUGAUCUGCAAACAGAUGGACUGUGGAAGUGCACGGAGUGUCAAUGGUGGGUCUGCUUUUGGGAAGGGUUCAGGUACGGCAUGGUGGUAUGAUACCACAUGCUCGGGAACUGAAAUCUCCCUGAAAAGUUGUCUUUCAGGCAAUGAGAAAAAGAGUUCACACAACAAUGACGCAGGAGUGGUCUGCAGAGAGGUGAAACUGGUAAACAGCCAAAGCAUUUGUCAAGGUACAGUGCAGGUUCGUUAUACUGGAGAAUGGGGAACAAUAUGUCACAACGAUUGGGAUCCACUGGACGGUAUUGUGCUGUGCCGAGAACUCGGCUGUGGUCCUCUUUCAGGGACAUACACCUCAGCUUAUUUUGGGAUCGGUACAGGGUCAAUAAUGAUGGAUAUUGUCCAGUGUACCGGCAGUGAGUCCUCACUGAAGGACUGCAUUAAUUCUGCGCCUGUAAGCAGCCUCUGUACACAUUCACAGGACGCUGGAGUCAUCUGCGGAGAAGUGAGAUUGGUAGAUGGAGACAGCAUUUGUUCUGGAAGGGUGGAGGUUCUUAGAAACAAUCAGUGGGGAAGUGUCUGUGGAGACAGCUGGGAUAUGACUGACGCCCAAGUCGUCUGUAGAGAGCUGGGCUGUGGAACUCCAGUAGAGGUAAACCAAGGUGCUUUUGGAAGCGGUGUUGGACCAAUAUGGAUGGAUGAUGUGAAAUGUACAGGCACUGAGUCAACAUUAAAGGACUGUGGGUCAAACGGAUGGGGAGUUCAUAACUGUGAUCAUGCAAACGAUGCAGGAGUUGUCUGCCGAGAGGUACGGUUGGUGAAUACGAACAACAUGUGUCAGGGCACAGUGCAGGUGUAUCAUGACGGCCGGUGGGGAACUGUGUGCCACAACAGCUGGGAUAUCGCAGAUGGUUUAGUGCUCUGUAGAGAGCUGGGCUGUGGUGGGAAUGUAGAGCCCUUGGGAAGUGCAUAUUUUGGGGCUGGUGAUGGGCCAAUAUGGAUGGAUUCACUCAGAUGCAAAGGUGACGAGUCAAACCUAAGGAAAUGCCAGUUUGGUGGGUGGGGAAACCAUCAAUGCAUUCAUGCAUAUGAUGCAGGAAUCAUCUGCAAAGAGAUUAAAAAUGUGCUCAGGAUUAAGGUGAACGCUGACUCUGAUGUAAACCCCAAUGACCCUUCAUACAUGGCACAACUACUGGACAAAAUCAAAGAAGAGCUCAAAAAUCAUGGAAAUUUCUCUGUCAAGUGGAGAACGCAGUUGAAUGAGCAAGUGUUUCAGGAAAAGAAAAACUUAUUUGAUCCCUGACAGGUCUGUUAUUUCGACAGGAGCCAUAGAAGAAAUUACCUUUCAUGACAAAUUCAACAGAACAACUCAACUGCUCUUGCAGAAUCAUCCUGAUGAUGAAGAAGUGUUUAUAUUUACAUUUAGACAUUUAGCAGACGCUUUUAUCCAAAUUUAAUACUAAGAAUUAUAUACUAAAAUGGUCUUACAUUUUAUAUUAUAUACUAGAGAUUUAGUAUGUAGUAUAAAAUGAUAUAAUAAAAAGGUUUAAUAUAUUUUACAGCAUAUGAAAUAAAACAUACUAUUUAGAAUAUCUGUUUAGGUUGCAGCAGGACAGUGACAAUGAAAGUCUGUAAUCAUUUCACAUGCGUUGAUGCUUCUUUGUCGCUG